AUGGAGAGUUUAAUAGAAGCAAUUAAAGCUAAUGAUGUGGGUAAAGCCACAAGCCUACUUACCGAGCUGCGUAAGCUAGCAAAUUCUCGCGAUGAUGACGACAGGACCCCAUUACACUGGGCUGCUACGUUUAACCAGCCAGAGAUGGCAAAACUCUUACUCUCUUUUGGGGCAGAGAUUGAAGAAGAUUCUAAUGGAUGGACUCCCAUUCAUAUAGCUUGUUCUAUGGGUAGUAUAGAUAUGUUCAAUAUACUCAAGCAAUCGCUGGUGGCGUCUGACUUGAAUGCAACCACUGUCCAAGGAGUUACACCACUUGAUUUGGCAGUGAGCAAGAACCACUACGACUUGGUCAAAGAGAUGUUGCAAAAUGGAGCCACCUGUCGAAAUAAGAGUAAAUACGGGCUCAAUCUGUUGCAUCGAGCUGCCAGUAUAGGCUCAGAGCCAUUGGUCAGACUUCUCAUUCAAAAUGGAGCUAGAGUUAAUGUGACUGACAAUGAAGGAUGGACACCCUUACACCAUGCCUUAGCAGAAGGAUGUGGGGACGUCGCUCUAGUCUUGGUUGAACUAGGUGCUGACAAGAAUAUUGAAAAUAAUGAUGGUAAAACAGCAGUCCAGGUAGCCGUGGAUGAAAAUGUCGCAAAGUGGUUCCAGCAGAGGUCGGGUUAG